AUGGAGAUGACCCCGAACCAGCAUAUACACUCAAAUACCUUGACCCCGCCGCCCCCUACCUCGCAGAACCGUUACGGCGUUGCCCUCUAUGACCCCUACGUCCCGGAAAUUGUAUAUGGCGAAGUUGCUGUGACCCCAGAAUGGUCACAACCCAGCUUGUCAGCAGACCAAAUCCGCAAUAAUGGCGGGAAUGCGCCACCUCCAGAACCGAUCUUACCUACUGAGUUCUCUAUUCAACUGUAUAACCCCGACCAGCAAAUCGUGAUCCGUCACCAAGCCAAAACGUGGAACAAACCAGCGCGAUGGGAGUUCGAGAUGCCCCAGCGGUCAUUCCGGGUGCCGUCAUCGUCAACACUAGAUCGCGUACAGAGUGACCCAGCCGCUGCGGAUAUUACACCAAGGUUACGUUUCAGUUGGCGCAAAGAUGGGAAACUCUCGAAGGACCUUUCAUGUCUGCUUCAUGGGAAAACCACCACCAUUGCCGAUACGAAGAACAAGAGUCGCGAGCCGGAUAUUACUGUGGCGAUCUUCCAGGGAUUGAAGGAACUCACAAUGUACGAACCGAACCUUUACCGUGUUGAGAUGGAGGAUUUCAAGGGAUUGGAAGUUGUUUUGUUACUUGCUGCAGUUGCCAUCCGGGAUAUCUUCUUCGGUCCUGCUAAAGAAGCCUUUCACAUCGUCGCUGGUGGUGCCACAGCAGUCAACGGCAAGGCGCAGGCAGUUGUCCCAGGUCGGAAGAGCCCAAAAGCCCAGGCCAUGGGCGCUGUGCCCCCUCGCAGGCUACCAGCCACACGGCUUUCUAUUCCAAACGCCCAAUCCCCUGCUCCAGAACUACGCCAGCGACAAGAUCAACUUGCAGAUGAAGAGGAACGUCGAACCCAAGAGCUCCUCGCCACAGAGAAACGCGAACAGGAAAAAGCCCGACGACGCAAAGCGGCUGAGGUGGACAGCGAAACGAUGCGGUUACAACAGAUCUACGGACAAGAAGAAGCACAAGCUCGGAUGCAACGACCUUCGCCUUCCUCAAGCUCCAGACCAAAUCUUCCUGCUCGUCCCAGUGGACCUUCAAAACCAUACAACUCGCACCAAUACUCCCAGUCAUACUCCUACCUCCCUUCUCAAGCACCACAGCAACCUCCGCGCCAAUCGCGACCACAAUCAUAUUAUCCCCAACCUCGACCUACACCUGCACCUAUCCCCGAAAAUGGUCCAUACACUCAAUCAUACGGUCGACCCGACCCGCGCAUUCAAUCUACUACCAACUUUGCACCGGUCCGACCUGUACAGCCUCGACCACAAUCUUUCUAUCAAAUCCCUACGAGUAGUGGAGCUUUGCAGCCAGGUCAACCGGGUCCACAACAAGCUCGUCCACAAGUAUUGCAGCCGAAGAAGAGUAGUUUCUUUGGAUUUCGACGUAAGGAAGAAGGGAGUAGUCCGAAGAAACUUGAUAAAAAGCGGAGUUCGAUGUUUUGA